CUUCUUCAGAAACAACAAAAAUAAAAAAUAAAAUAAAAACGAGUGGAUGAGCCAACACCUCGCGACGCCUCCAAAAUUGGCAUCGCCUAUCACGCGUCGCGCCGGUCUGCACUAUCGUCUUGCAGGGUGCUUUUGGUAGCCUGCCUGUCGUCCAAUGAGAAAAGCCUUUGCUCUUGUCUACGCAUUUAGACGUGGGGCCAACGCUGCUCGUCUCACUUGACAGCGCCAGCCGUGCCCAUCCCCAGCCUCGCGUUUGCAACCUUACGCUUUGGGGGUCAAGCAGGCACCGCCCCAAUUGCCGAGCAAGCACCUCGGCGUUGCCAAGCCCUCUUGCUAUACUGGCGAUCACGCCAGUAGGUGUUCUCAGCCACGCGCGUACAAUAAUACCGUGUGACCACACAGAUGGCCGGCUCGGCAACAUCCCCAAGUUCAACAAGCGGGGGCCUCAAGCUCAUCGGCGACGCCGUGGCAGCAGCGGUCGAAGCUACCGAAAGUGGCUCCCUUCCUGAAGCCGCCGAGUUUAUCGCAGGCGGCCACUCUGGCUUUCGCGUCCACGACCUCGAAUCCUCAGGCUGGGAUGUCGGGGAUGGCUCCACUUUCCGCGUGCGCCGCGGCCCCGACUACAAGAAGAACGGCAAAAAGGAGCUCUCUCUUCCGCAAAUGUAUGAUGCCGUUGCGGUGGACUGUUUUCGUGUCGAGCGCCGCUGCUAUCCUAUUGCCCCCAUUAUCAACCUGCCCGCUUUGCCCGAUCACCUCGCCGACUGGAAGCAUGAGGACGUGCCCGCCACCUUUAUCCUCAACAUCCAGCUACCGGGCGCUGCUGCCAAAAUGUUUAGCAGUGAUAUCGAUGGUCCCACCGUACACCUAAUCAUUUACUACCACCUACGUCCUGACGCGGCUCGUGCCAUUGGUGAGGGCGUGGAGCGUCAACCUGCACACGAUCUCUGGGCGCGCUGGUGUCGCGAAGCCUUUGAUGACGAGAAGAUGCGUGGUCGUUUCAAAAUGAUCGGCGUUGUCGACAACUUCAAAGACAUUGGCCUCCCCUCUAUCCUGGAAACCUACAACGGCAAGCCUUGUAUCAUCUACAAGACGGGCUCCAUUGCCAAGGGCGCCGACUGCACCUAUAUUGAGGCCGGCAUCAACGUCCACCUCUUCCCCUAUCUCACCCGCAACAUGAUCUGGUCAUACCGCGCCAAAUCCCUGGACAUGCAGCUGCACAUUGCAGGAACCAUUGAGGCUCGCUCCGACGAGGAGAUGCCCGAGCGUGUCGUCUUCACCAACCGCAUUACCAACAUGCACGUCUUUGACUCACCGCUCCUCUCUGCAGCGGCCAUUGACCUCCUCAUGAGCAAGGCUCAGGCCACGGGACACAAUGCCGUCAUCGCGCAAGCCGGUUCGGAGGUAAGCAAGUAAAGUUGCCUUCUCGGCUGCAAGACCUGAGUCCGUGAGCCUGUGAUCCCAUCAGGGCCAGCGCCUCCGUGCCGUCUGUGCCGUCCUCUCUGUCCUUGAUCUUCUUCGGCCGCGCAUCAGAGAAGGCAAAAUGCUUGUGCUUUCUUUGUUUCUGAGUUGUUUUUUUUUUUUUUUUCGAGUCCAGUUGAGGGCGCGAGUUGAGUUGAGCCAUCGCCUCAGCUUGUCUGCGUCAGUAAUGUUCUUUUGGCAUUGCCCUCGCCCUUAACUGUCGAUCCUCUUGAAAAGAAAUGCGCCUCCUGUUAUGUCCACCACAUGCCAUUCCGACCCAAUUCAUCUCGCGCGUAUAGCAAAUCGAUUGAAUGUCGC